AUGUUAACCGCCCGGGACGAGGCAAAGGCCAAGGCUCAGACGGGUGGAUGGGGCAAGUGGGCAGGUGUGUCGAAUGGCCGGGAAGAGAAGGUCGCGCCACCCAUCAUCACCCGCCCGCCAUCACCGCCGAAGUAUCAGUAUCACCCCUCCCGUCCGAAUGGGAACCGGGCCGUCCCCGGAUCCCUGGUCGCGGCCCCCGGUGUCACAUAUGACCAAGAGAACGGCCCAGAGCCUCAAUCCUCCCGCCUCUCCCUCUCCCUCAUUCUUCCCCUUCUCCAUUCUCUCAUUCGUCUCGAGAAUGCAAUCUUCCAAGCGCAUGCUGGCCGAUGGGAGGAUUCGACAGGAACCCUUCCGGCUUGGCAGCCCAUCCAGAGGCCAACCGCAUGCAGCCGAUCCGAAGAGGAUGGUGGUGGGCCGGCCGAUUGGGGGGAUGGGCGAUGGGCGUCGGGCUCCGGAGAAGGAGGAUAUGGUACCAGGAGUGCCUCGUCCACGCCGAUCUGA